UCUCUCCUUCCAAACGCAUCGAAUUUUGUCUUUCCUUUAAUUUUUUUAAUUAUUUGUUUUCGAUUUCGUAUUAGGAGCUUCUUCAAUUUCUAGCUCGAGAAAAUUUUCGAUUUGUAGGGUUACGUAUGAUCAGAUACUAGUUUUCCGAAUUCUCCCGCUUCGGAAUUUCGCAAUGGAAUUUAUAUUGAAAGGAAUGAAUGAUGAGGCAUCUGAGUGCUCCUCUAAUGAAAUGGACAUCCAGAGAUGUCCUUUCCUGAGGAAUAUUAAUAAACCAACCUGCUUUUCCUUCUCCACCAUGAAUUUCACCUUCCCGGUUCGUGGAGCGAAAGGGCCAAUUUUUGAGGAUGGUCCCAAUUUUGACACUGCGUUUAACCUGUUUCAUGGUAAAGAUGGGGUCGUCCCACUAUCUGAGAGAUCUGGUUUCCAGAGCAAAUUGGCAGAACCGGAGACCGCUCCUCAUUUCAACCCCUUGGCAGCGAAAGCUGCAACCAUCAGUCUGUCAGCUUUUGGACCAGGAGGACCAUUUAGCUUUGGUAACUUCUCUGAGAAAUGGAAGAAGCAGAAGUCUGAGUCUUCCAACAAGAAAGAUUCUUCGUCACAGAAAAAAGGAAGUUCAUCUAAGCAUGAGGCCCUGGGAAGUGAGUGGUUGGAAACAGGAAACUGCCCAAUUGCGAAGUCUUUUAGAGCUGUUAGCGGAGUCCUUCCACUUGUUGCAUCAGCUCUUCAGCCACCACCUGGUAUGAAGCUUAAGUGCCCGCCCGCUAUAGUUGCUGCGAGAGCUGCCCUCGCUCGUACCGCAUUUGUCAAAAACUUGCGUCCUCAGCCACUUCCUUCAAAAAUGCUUGUAAUUGCGGCCUUAGGCAUGGCAGCAAACGUUCCUCUGGGUAUAUGGAGGGAGCACACUCAGAAGUUCUCAUUUUCAUGGUUUGUGGCAAUUCAUGCAGCCGUACCCUUCAUUGCCAUGCUUCGAAAAUCUGUCUUGAUGCCGAAGACAGCUAUGGCGAUGACCAUUGCAGCUUCUGUACUAGGGCAGAUUAUUGGCUCGAGGGCCGAACGUAUGCGACUGAAAGCUGUUGCUGAGAAGGGAAAAGCAACAACAGUGCUACCUACUGUAGGUACCAGUCCAAGCUACGAGUUAACCCAGGUCGAUACCAUCGUAGCAGGCAGUCGAUGUGGUACAGAGACAAUGAUGUUUGAUCCUCUCCAGAAGGAUGGUCGGCAAACAUCUUCCCCGGCGAAGAUAUGCUCGUAAGGCGACUUCGUAUAGGUACAAGCGUAUACAAUGAAAUAAAUAAAGUGCCAUUGGCAUCGUUAAUGAAACUAAACCUGAUAUGGAAUGUAGAUUUAAUUGGAAUUAAACCGGUGGCAUGUAAAUUGUAUAAUGUUAUGCAUUAUGCUUUUAUUAUACUCUUUUGCUAAAUAUAAGAUUAAAAAAAAACCUUAUUAAA